AUGCAAUCGGAUCCAUAUAUACUAUUUCCAACUCACCCACGCGUAUUCAUCCCCAAUCUUUUUUAUAUAAAUCCAAACAAUCUCAAUUUCCAUUCAUCAAUUGCAAUUUCAACUUCAUCUUCCUUGUUUGCUUCCCCUAAUCUCCCUUUCACUUCACACAAACCGUCACAUUCAAGUUCAAGCUCGGUCCAACUUGGAAGAGCUACCGUGGAGAGGACGGGUAAUACUAGCUCUUCGUCGAUGUACGAGGUGCUUGGGGUUGGUGUGGGAGCAGAUACGCUAGCGGUGAAAGGAGUGUACCGAAGAUUAGCUAGAGUUUUGCAUCCGGAUGUGGGAAAUUGUGAGUCGUCGGCCGAUGAGUUUAUGAAAGUGCAUUUGGCGUAUACAACGCUCGUAGACACUGAAAAACGAGCUGCGUAUGAUCGCAGUCUGGUCCAGAGGCAGACUGCAGUUUCGUCCUCGAUGAGAUUUGCCCGUAGCUACCAGUCAAUAAGAUGGGAAACGGAUCAGUGUUGGUAG